UGGCCCAGUGAGAAAUUCAGCCCAUGGGCCCAAGUAAGCCCAAAUCCAACUAUUUCGUCUCUGAUCUCUCUCUCUCUAACAGUAACAGUCACACAGUAGAGAGAGAAAUGGCGCCGUCUUCGUUGGUGCGUUACAGCCGUUGGAUUUCCCGGUUCAAAUUCCCGUACUCUCAGAACAACCUAUUUCCUUCUCCGCCGCCUUUCUCCUCCACCACCACCGCCGGACUCCACAAUGCCGAUUCCGUCACUCCCGGCGGUCCGCCUCCGAUACGAGUCUCACUCACCGAUUCAGCCGGUCGCGGAGUUUUCGCCACUCGCAAGAUCGGCGCCGGCGAACUCAUUCACACUGCCAAACCACUCGUGGCUCACCCUACGCUAUCGGCUGUCCACCGUGUCUGCAAUUUCUGCUUGGGGAAGCUGAGAAAUGCUAACGCUAAAUCCGAAGCUCAUCGUGGAUCGUUCUGCGGCGAAGAGUGUGAACGGCAUUCCAAGGUUUUUUAUGAUGUUGAAAUGGAAGCAGAUUGGUCAGGCUACGACAACUAUUGCAGGGGGCGAGGUUUGAAAUAUCCUCUUUUGGUGAAGCGCUUGGCUUGUAUGGUCAUAUCUGGAGCUAUAUCUUCUGACCUCCUUGACAUACUUCAACCCUCUAGUUUGUAUCCUCAUAUGAUUUUGGAGUUUGAAGAAGGAUACAGCUUGCUGAGAACAGCCUUAGCCAAGGCAAACAUCACAGAUGAACGGAUGUUAUUUUUAACGCAAGAAUGGUACAAUGGAGUUCUGGCUCGAAUCCGUAUUAAUGCAUUUCGUAUUGAGUUGGCUGGAGGGUACGAAGAUCUUCGUUCUGCUGCAGCGGCCUGUGUUGAAGCUGAAGCUGCUAUUGGGAAUGCUGUUUAUAUGCUACCAUCCUUCUAUAACCAUGAUUGUGAUCCAAAUACACACAUUAUAUGGAUAAACAAUGCAAACGCGAGAUUGAAGGCACUCCGUGAUGUUGAGCCUGAUGAAGAGCUUCGGAUCUGCUAUAUUGACACAAGUAUGGACCAUGGCGCUCGGCAAAGUGUGCUAUCGCAGGGGUUCGGUUUCAUUUGCAACUGUGUUCGGUGUUCGGCUGGUGAUUAAAUGAAGUCAUUUGCUGUCUAAAACUUCUCGCUUAUAAUAUGCUCAACUGAAACCAAAUUGUUGGACCCCUGCCUCACUUCUAAGUAGCUAUUGUUCGAUACGGAAUGAUACUACCUGGCUGGAUAAGAGAGGAGGAAGAAUGUUCAACGAACCAGUAUCCUUAUUUUCCGGGUCAGAAUCUAAAUUCACUUACGGCUAUGUCUGAAAAGUGCUUCUCACUAAUGACUAUCACAUGUUGAAGUAAUUUGUAACCGUUUUUAAAAGGGACCAAUUGCUUGAGAAAGUACUUAUAGUGUACUUUGAUCUAAAUACUCAGUUGAGAAAACACUUUUUGAGUGUAGAUCAAACAUUUUGAUUCGUUA